GUUCUUCCUUUCAGUUAAAGUAUAAAAACUAAGAUGUCUAUCGAAGAAAUCCAAGAAAACGUAGAAAACCUCAACUUCAGUGAAGCAGGUCCUUCAAACGCUGGCACCCAAAGUCGUGCAGAGAAGAAGGCCAGACAAGCGCUCCAAGGACUUGGAUUAAAGAAGGUUCAAGGUGUCACCAGAGUUGUACUUAGACGCCCACGUAAUGUUAUGCUCGUUGCUUCAAACCCAGAAGUACACACCGCACCAGGUUCAGGUAUUCACAUUGUUUUCGGUGAAUUCAAGGUCGAAGACCCAAGCCAAAUUCAAGCAGCUUCACAAUUAGCUGACCAAGAAGGACAAGAGAAGACAGAGUCUAAGAAGCCAGAGGAAAUCAUGGCUGAAAUGGACAGCCAAGCCCAAAACAUCUCAGAAGGAAAAGGAAAGGACGUUGAAGAAGAAGGUGAGGUUGAUGAGACCGGCGUCGACGCCAAGGACAUUGAGUUGGUUAUCGCUCAAGUUGGCUGUUCACGUGCAAAGGCUGUCAAGGUUCUUAAAGAGAACAACGGUGAUUUGAUCAACGCUAUUAUGGCUGCAUCAGAGUAAAAUAUAUUUUGAAUAUACAUUAUAUUUGCGAAAUAGUCUAUUUUAAAUAAAAA